CACAGACUGCGAGAAUCACACGUUAUUUGUAGGCAUUUAUGGCAACAUUUGGCUAUUGUUUUGGUGUUUUGUUUAUACAGUUUUAGUCACUAUUUAAAGGAUUUUAUGAUUUCAAUCAAUUGAAACGACAACACAAUCACAUCCAUCGGUGAUCGACAAACACCAACUCACUGUCACUUGACGUGAAUCUCGUGGUCACACUUUGAUCCACUCUUGCAAUUAUCUGAAACCAUCGAGACUUGUGUCCAAUUGGCGUAAAUGCGAUCCAAGUUUGAUACGACUAACCAAAUGGUGAGAUUGUCUCACUUCAGACGUGUCUUCACUGUGGAGGACACAGAUGGCACGGAUGAGGACACCGACGACGACGACGACAUCCAAGUAUUGGUGGCCAACACAGCACAGGGACCGCUCACAGACAGCACAUCCAGUCCGGAGUGCCAACCGAUUGAGCCGAAGACCAAACUCGACCCAAAGUUGACUAAUUUUACGCUUUUUGUCAAAAGUAUUGGUAAUAUAGACAAGAGAUAUGUGACGACAGACAACGGACUGAUUCCCAUCAGCGAAACGAUCACAGAAUUGGAUCAAAUGAUUAGGUGUCGCGAUAUGCGCUCAUUUGAGGAUGUCUUAGACCGCUAUAAUAUUUCUCAUUCUCGUGGUGUCGGCGGUAGGGAUCAGUCGCUCAGUGGACGCAAUGCGAGCACAUCUGUGGACAACAGUCACAGCGACUCAUCGGUUGUGGCGAAGAAGAAGCGCAAAAAGAAAGGAAAGGCUUCUGCGGAUGACGUCGUCACCAGUGGAUCCAACGAUAUGAGUGUCGUAUCGCUCAAAGUAGAGGGCAUUCAACAGAUUAAGUCAAAGAACAGCUUUAAAUUCAAGUGUAAAGUCUGUGACAUCUCUUUCAAUGGUUUCGCCUGUGCUUUGAAGCACAGCACUAGUGAUGAACACUCGAAGAUUAAAUUCGGUGAUGACUUGAAAGGACUGGACGCCCAGUUCACCAUUGAUUCACCAAAUAUUGGUGACUGUGAGGUAGCCAUCGCUCGGCGACGAGAGCUCAAGAAAAUCAGUUUAACUGAUAAACAGCAGUAUGUGUCGCACGGAAUCAGACUUAAGGAUGGCUUCGGGACCGACGCUUAUAUUUGUUCUACUUGUGACCUGAAGUUCAAAUCCAUACAUGAGGUGAAGGAUCACAUCGAGAGUUUGGCCGCCGAUAUCGAAAACACGGAAAACAAACCCGAGUUGAAAGCAGUGGACAAUUCUGUCGCACUCUAUGUACCGAAAUCUCCGCCUUUGGGCCAAACGCUCAGCAAAUUAGAUCUGAAGCUCAAGAAUGAAGGCAUAAAAGCGACCGAUUCUGGCGUCGACUCCAAAUUUUACUGUCUUUUCUGUAACAUAUACUUCGACUGCAAGAAGACGGCUGUUCUCCACACCAGUGAUACUCGACAUAAGAGAUUCAAAACUGGACUAAAUCUGAAUGAAAUGGACUCGAAAUUCACUAUAGAAUCGGAGAGAAUCGAUGAGUUUGAAGUGGCAUUUGCCAGAAGACAUUACUUGAAAACCAUGUCAUCGGCCGCUAAGACACACUUAACCACUGAAGGCAUUCGCUUAAAGGACGGCUCCGGUUCCCAAGCCUUCUACUGUCAGAAGUGUGAGCUCUAUAUCGACACAUUUGAAGAGUUGGAAACUCACAUAAACUCUGCUUUUCAUACUAUUGCGUGAAUCGAGUGCCUCUCAAUUAACUCAUAAAUCAUUUUUGCCAUUGAUUUUUAUACAACUUAAUUAUUAUUAUAAUUAUCGUUGCAG